AACAAUUUUUAUAUUCGAUUUUCGACUGUGUUGCGCAGCUAAUAUCAGAUGUCAUUAGUUGCCAAGACAAAUUAGUGGCGUUUCGUGCAUUUUUUAAAUGUAAUUCCUUAUCUCUUUUAACAAAAAAAGAUAUUCUAUCGGCAAAAUGUACGCGUUAAUCGUGUGGACUGGUUACAAAACCAAGAGUGUGAUUGGCAUCGAUAAAUUGGAGCCUGAUAAAGACGAGGGCGAAGAGACGAUGGCACGCUUUGAUGAUGGCCGAUUAUACAAUGCGAAAAUUGUGAGAAAAAGUGAUGACGAGAAGUACUUAAAUAUGUUACCUAUCACUACUGAUGGUGAAGUGAUGGUGAAAAAUAAAAAUACAUACAAACAAAUGGCCCACGCAGAAAAAGCUAUAUUGAAAAAGCAAGAAAAGCUUGCUAAAAAAGAGAGAGAAGCUAAAAAUAAUACAAAAAACAAAGCUUUGUUGGAUAGCGAUUCCAUCUUCGAUGACGGUUUUGGAAACUCAGGUGGUACUUCAAGCUCUGAUUCGGAGAGUAAUAAGAACCAGGAAAGCUGCAAAAUCGAUUUGGAUCAACAAGUAAUCGAUCUAGACAACGAUCCGAGGCGAUUGAAAAAGAUUCUGACGACAUUGAUGACGAGAAGAGCUCCAAAACGAAAACUUGUAAAGACGACGAUAAGUUUCAUGAUCAAGAAAUGUACCGGAGUUCUAAUGAAACUGCGGUUCCGGAGGAGGUGGAACCGACAAGAAAAAGAAUCAGGAAGAAGCGCAGAGACAGCAAGUUCGAGUGGGAUGCCCUGGAAAUUCGUCGAACGAAAAGAACAGAAACUAGUCAAUCCAAGAAGAAAAAUAGCAACAAGACACCAAUUCGUCCUACAUUUGGCUAUGAAAAUAACGCGGAGACAUCACAAAAAAACAGCAGCAAAACAUCGGCUAAUACUGCAGGCACUUCUGGAUUUUGCCGCAACGAUAACGGAACCGAUAGCGAUACAGAAAAUCAAGAACCUAUCGGAAAAAGACAAGACUUUGGUUUACAGCAAAAGAAGAGAACAGUAGAAACUACGGCAAGUAUUGUUGAAACCAAUAGAUGAUAUACAAUUUCUUCAGCUUACAUUUUAUUUAAAAAUUUUUUCAUCCGGAAAUUUAAUUAUAUUUGUUGAAUAAAUAACUUUAUUGAAUCAGUUCAGCUUAUUCAGCACUUAAUUAUAUACACUUUAAGGUUCGAAAUCGUGAUGAGCAUGCGCGGAAAAAAAUACAAGAAAGGACUGCUGGCGAACUCGAAGUCUUUCCGGGGCAAAAUCAGGUGAAAAAUUUUUGGGGAUGUGAACCACCUGACUACUCCGAAGAUGAUGUGAAAUUAUAUUAAAUAGGUCAUAAAUACCACAUCAUGAAAAGAGAAAUAUACUAAAAUGAAUUUUUCAGGAAAAUGUUGAAGAAGAUAUACUUGUAGAAUGCAGACGACCGGGACUUAAAAAAGUUUUGAUAUGUGAGGACUUUCCAGAGGUUUGGAUCAAGAAGUCUGAAUUGACGUGUCUGUACAGGUGGAAAUCGAAACCACAAGAGAUGGCUCGGCGACUGCUCAAACUCCUCGUAGGAACUAAAAAAUUGAAAAACAUGUGCGCGAGAGGCCGCUCAUCUAGGCAUGAACCAAUUCCAGAAGAUAUUGCAAGCUGCGUUGAAUACUACGUGAAUAAAAAGUGCGAGAAAGGUCUUAGUCCAGCAGCAUUCACGACAGUAGUGAAUUUGAUGUGCGGUUCGAUUCGUCACCCCAAAAAAUAAAUUGACCUUCAUUCGUUAUCGAGUUUAAGUCAGAAGUUGAAUGUUCCUCCAGUCAUACUGAAUCUUUGAAACAGCUCAUUUUAAUAAAUUCGAAUUUCACUCAUAAACAAUAAAUAUUACA